AUGGCGAAGGAGCAGACCGGAGGUGAUGAUCGGAAGUGGACCAGAAGGAGAUCGGAGCAAUCGGACGUCGAAAGGAACUUGACGGAACAGAGCAUUGAGCAUAAGGAAACAGAGUGCUUGAGGAAGAUGCUCAAGCUACGCGCAGCUUUUCUCUCCAAGAAAAACAGUUUGUUCUUGGAGAUCUUUUGUUCUGCUAAAUCAAAAGAACGUGAGUAUAAUGACUCUGCUGGUCAAAAGACUAUCGGAGAAGGUCAUUAUGUUAGAGGUAGAACGGAAUCUAGGAGUACUAACAAUGCAGGUAAAUCCAACAAGCAUCAGUCAAGAUCCAAGUCUAAAGAUGGCAAGAGAGUCUGUUGGAUAUGUGGAAAGGAAGGGCACUUCAAGAAACAAUGCUACAAGUGGCUGGAAAGAAACAAAGGAAAAUCACAUUCACAAGACAAUGGAGAAUCUGCAUUGGCUAGAGAUGAUGCACAAGAUCUUCUGGGUUUAGUUGCAUGUGAGGUUAAUCUGAUGCAGGGAAGAAAUGAGAAGGAAGAAUGGGUUCUCGAUACAUGCUGCUCUUUUCACAUGACACCAAGAAGAGAUGUGUUCAUUGAUUUCAAGGAAGUCUCCUCUGGAAAAUUUAAGAUGGCCAACAGCACACAUUCGGAUGUGAAAGGGAUUGGCUCAGUAAGGUUUCUGAACCCUGAUGGCACAACGUUUGUGCUUCAUGACGUGAGGUUCAUGCCGGAGAUCGGAAGAAAUCUCAUAUCUAAUAUAUUAUUUGCGAAGUGA